UUUUAUCACGACCUGACAUUCAUAGUUCAUACAUAUUACUUCUUAGACCUCGUUAAUAAAUAAUAUUUUACGUUUUCAUUCUCUAUUUCACAUUGAGUUAAACUUAUUUCUAACUUUAAAAAAUCAGCAAAAUGAGCGGGGCAGUCAAGAAAGUCGGCUUAGUUAGCUCAUUCAUUGCCACAGCUAAGCCCAACUUACAAACUUUUGUGAAGUACGCUAAAGUAGAAUUAACUCCACCCAAAUUAUCUGACUUACCAGAAGUAAAAAAUGAGAUUUCCAAAAUGAUACAAACAGCCCGAACUGGACGUUGGAAGAAUAUCACCGUCAAGGACGCUACUCUCAAAUCUCUCAUUUUUCUUGAAGUAUAUAUGUGGUUCUACGUCGGUGAAUGUAUAGGAAAGAGACACUUAAUUGGAUAUGAUAUCAAAUUAUAAAUGUAUUCCUGUAAUUUAAAGUAAUUAAUACUUCACCAGAUUAAAUACAAUUAUUUUGUAUCUAGAAA